GACCUACCCAUGUCGCUCAUAAUUCAGGAAUACCUAUUGAAUGCAAUUCAAAUAAUGGUCGAUAAAUUUUUAUAACCCACUAAUAUUGUCAUGUCAACUAAUUCAUAUUCAAAAUGAAAACAGGCCGAGUGCUAUCCGUCAUAAUUUAAGGAUGAUGGAAUUAUAGAGAGGGGUGAAUCUGGAAUAGCGGAUAAAAAGUCUUCAAAAAAAUUGGGGAAGUCUGGGUGCCAUGUUGAAGAAGGGAGGAGUUGCCCCGUCUGGUGAAUCUUUGUAUAUCUGAAGACAGGAGCAUAGGUAUUAAGUAUAUAAAUAGGAAGGGUGGUUACACCAUUGACCCAGUGUUCAUUUGGCACAGAGUCAGUUCACUGCCCGACACAUCAAGCUUGCUAUAAUUAAUUUUACACCUGCACACUCGCUAAAUAGCCGAAUUGAUUGACUCUCCGAUAAUCGUUGAUAAACUCCAAUUCCAGUGCUUUAAAACAUUCCUCAAAAUUAUUGCCGCACACUUGCGUGUUCAAUAUAUUCAACUUACAACUUACAUUUGUGACGUUUGCCCAAAAAAAUUGUUUCCAUUUAAAGAGACGUGCUUAGCGUUAUUCUAUGUAAAUAUACUUACAUUUAAAGUUGCUGCUAUUUCUCAUUCUUCUGAUUGUUGGACAAAAAUCGAACGUUGCCUUACAAGACAACCUAGCGAGUAAGGAUGUCUGACAACGCUGGAACCACACAGGGUGCUGCUUCUCCCUACAAAAUAAUUGAUCACUCUAGGGAGAGGCGUAAGGGAAUAACAGCCUCUUCUCUGAAAGAACUAACCGCAGUUGCCAGAAGCAGGUUUGGCCUGCCUCUAGACGAACAACUGACCAUUGUCCUGGAGCAGGAUGGCACAGAGGUAGAUGACGAAGAGUACUUUGCUACAUUAGAACGAAAUACAAGUCUGAUGAUCCUCUGCGGGAAUCAAAAAUGGGCAGCAUCUGGUAGUGGAACAAGCUCUUCCCGAUAUAUUCUUCUAGAUGAUACAGACGGCGGAAAAGCAAUAGGUGAGGGUGCACUCAGAAGCAGAAAAGAUCGCAACAAUGGUCCGCAUAUUGAGCCACUUGUUUCGUCUUUGCACGAAGAUCCUUCGCACAUUUCUCUCCUUGGCGGAAAUGACUUGGAACUGCUCAGCGACAUGGAUCCUGAUAGCUUAGCAGACAUCGUUCCGGACAGGAUAUUCCUUGAGCAAUUGAAAGAAGCUUCGGGAAGAUUUCUUGCAGAAAAACGACAGGCUCAAGAGUCUAUGGCUCUACUCCAGAUGUAUGCAAGUGGAGGCGAAAUGGAGCGUGCGUAGGCCAUGUGGGGGGUCGGCACCCUCACACUGGCUAAUAUGUACCGCAUUCAGCGACGUUUAAUCUACAAGGGACGUCAUAUUCAGCAAACUAUGAUCUUCUUCUGGAAUUGAGAAGCCCAUGAGCUAUGUGAAUUUGAGAAAAAAAAAGUAUCCAAACAGAAUUGCCGAGUCUGUUUUAGAUGUUAUAUUGCAGAGAAGAACAAAGAUGCGCAAUGAGGGGGAAGAAAAGAGGAUAGAAAGUAAGUAUAGACCGAAUGAAAAGAGUCGGAAGUUUCUGUGAUUCGUAUACAAUUUAUUAUCCCUGCGUUUCAACUUGAUGGACUGAUUGAAUUUGGGGUAGGUGAAUUUUCUAUUCGAUAAUGUGGUUGGGGCUCAAUUUUUACCCAGGGAUAUGAUACUUAUGCACGGAUUAUACAAAAUUAGAUAGCCGUAAUUUCGCUCAGAAUAUUCGCGACGCCGUUUAUUAACGCGUUUUUAAUGAACCGAUAAUAAGUCAAUAGAUAGCAAUUAGUUUUAUCUCAUACCAUAAUGGAAUUGCUUCGACGGCGCGACUUAGGCUAAAACAUCGGAGAGUAAGAUAAUAGAGCCCUUAAAGCUGAAGACAUUCCCCUUGCAACCAAAAUAAAUCAAUAAUAAUAAUAUUAAUAUUAAACAAUAAUGGCACAUCGAUAUUAGCCCAACGAGGGUUAGCGAGUGAUAUGAUUUUUUACAGGGGUUUCAUUAUUGUAUUUAAAUAGUGAUAGGUAUUUAUUUUGAAAACAAGUUUUAAGAAAUGUUUAAGACUGAAGUUCAUUGAGGUAAAUUUUCAUCCCCAUUUAGAUCACAAUUUCGCUGCACAAAAAAAAAUUAUUAAUUAGCCGUACGAAAUACGCUAACCGAUAUCUCAAUCCCUUUGAUACCAAAAUGAAGUAAUUAUUCUCUAAUUAUAACAAUAAUAAUAAUAAUAAUAAUAAUAAUAAUAAUAAUAAUAAUAUAAUGAUGAUAUUUCUAGGCAACAACUCUUUAAUAGAUGUAUAAAGUUGUAUUAAACUGAUUGAACAUGAGUCGUAAAUCUAGGUGUAUGUGAUAUUUGAUAGAAGAAACGAUAACUACAAUAAUAUUAAUAACAACUUGAUACAGUUUGAAUUUUGCAAUUCGUCAUCAAUUCGUUGUAUAGGUAUACAUUGCAUACAUUAUACUUGUUUCAUACGUUAUUGACCUGGUUAUUGAUCAUAGUGGAGCUAUGUGGUGAGAAUAGAACAUAACAGAAAAAAGGUAUUAGUUUGUGGAGUUGGAAAUUGGAAAUUAAAUGUUGAAAACAGGUAAUAAGAGCUGCUCGUAGCUGGUAAUUAAAAUACAUACCUAUAAUAAAAGGAUAAAUAUAGUACUGCCAAUUAUAAAACUUAAAUGCUCAAUUAUAAAGCCUGUCAUCCCAAUAGUCUCUCCAUUUUUGAUUGUUCUUUAAAAGCACAUAAAAUGGAUACAUUCAAAUUAUGUCAGCAGGAUAUGUGCUAAAUAUAUUAAUGUAUACCACAA